AUAGAAAGGGGAAUUGCUUUAAAUGCCGUCAAAAUCUCAGGUGGAAGUCCAGAAACUUGCUACGAUAUCCUCCUCGAAAGACUAGGAGAGUCUCCAUCAUUUUAAGUAGCAAAAAACUCUCCAGCUACAAACUGAGAGAUGUAAUGUUGGAUAAUUUUUUUUACCUAGUUAAGGAAAAAUGGGAUAAAAUCUCUGGUUUCAAGAGUGCAUCAGAACUAGAACUUUAUGAUCCUUGGGGCCAGUCUUAAGCAAACCCAACAAGUUGUGCUCCCCCCCCCCCGCCCCCGUCCUCUGAGUCAGUGACUCACAAGUUGACCUGAGUGGAACAUGCAUAGAAGACAACUUGCUUCUUGAUUUCUCUUCCCCUCGCCACAUCCUGGCACCUUGGGUCUGUAUUGGAAGAUCCCUCAGUGACAAAGUUAACUCAACAAACACAGCAUAUAGACACAUCCGACAGAUGUCCAUCUGAGACCUAGGAUAGCUAAUCCACAAAUAUAUCUGUCCAGAUAUCUACAUCGACACCCAUAAUAUAGCACCCAGGCUUGGAAUGCUCUCAGUGAAUCUUUCCAGGUGACCAUGCCUCCAGGCGAUCUCCAUACUGGACCUCAUCAGUGUUUGGGGGAAGGAGGCUGCGCUCCAGCUGUAGGCGCUACGAUACCUUCGGGCAAAUAUCAAGGGACAUGAUGGAAAGGGGCCAUGACCAGGAUACACUGUAGUGCAGGGUUAAAGUGAAGGAGCUGCGGAAUGCCUACCACAAAGCCCAUGAGACAAACAGCCGUUCCAGUGCUGCCCCUACGACCUGCUGUUUCUACAAAGAGCUGGACGUGAUACUUGGGGGCGACCCCACCUUCACUCCAAGUACCACCAUGGACACUUCAGAGCCCAGUUCAACAAGGCAGGAGGAGGAGGAGGAGCAAAGCGGGAGAGAGGGUGCUGAGAUGGAGGAAGACAUCCCGGAAUCCCUAGAUGAAUGCAGCCAGGAGCUGUUCUCAAGCCAGGAGGAAGGUAGCCAGUUGUGGCAGCCAGUGCUUGGGGAAGGACAAACAUCAGAGGAGGUUCCCGAUGCAACCUUGAGACAUCAGCCGUCCAUGUUAUCACCGGCCGAAAGAUUCCAAAGAAUCAGAAAGAGGCCACAUAGAAGCAAGGAACACAUGUUGCAUAAAGUAAUGCAGUAUUCAAGUAAUGAAAAUCUAAAGGUGCAGGAGUGGCAGGACAGUGAAAGGAGGAUCCACCGGCAGAACGAGGAGUACCGGCACAAAUGCGCAGUGCUCUGGCAGCAAAGCAUGGAUCGGCUGAUAAGCAUAAUGGAGCACCAAGCGGAAUUGAUCCAGGCGCUUGUAGCCAUGCAGGUGGAACACUAUCGUGCCCAACCCCCCCUACAGCCCUUGUCCCAAAACUCUUUCCCUUGUGCUCCCAUGUCACCUCCAACCCACUUUCCCCAACAUCCAGGUUCUUACCACCACCAGCUGCCUCCAACUCCUGUAGCUUCACCACCCAGACUGAAGACUGUGACCCUUACCCUCUGCACUCAACCCCCAUCACCGUGCAGUGUAGCCAUCCUGAAGUGCAGCACUCAUUGCACAGCACUUCAGACAGGAAGGCUGAGUAUGGUAACAGGACAUAUGCAAAUCUGUGAUUGUACCAUUCCCCACCCCAGCUGCUUGCCCUUUCUGUUUCUCAAGCAGUUGUUUCUUUUCAAUAAAUGAAUUUUCUUUUCAGU